AUGAAAGAUCAGGGUGACUUAUGUUCAAGAUAUAUAAAAAUAUUUAUUGUGGUUUCUUGUUACUGGAUUAUAUCAAUUGCUACAGUAUUUGUAAAUAAAACAUUAUUAAGUAGUGACUCAGUUAAAUUAGACGCCCCUCUAUUUAUUACUUGGUUUCAAUGUGUGGUAUCCUUCGGUAUAUGUUUUAUGUUAAGUAGAACCGGUGGUGUUCCACAUAUAUUCAAUUUUCCAAAAGGUUCACCAUGGAGUUUUAAAGUUGUAAGGGAGGUGAUCCCCCUAUCAAUUAUGUUCACAUUAAUGAUUGCGACGAACAACAUGUGCUUGAAGUAUGUUGGUGUUGCAUUUUACUACAUUGGCAGGUCGUUAACAACAGUAUUCAACGUUGUGUUCAGCUGGAUGCUGCUACGACAAACCACAUCUUGUAGAUGUGUUUUGUGUUGCGCAUGUAUCAUAUUUGGAUUCUACUUGGGAGUUGAUCAGGAGAAUUUAUUGGGUAUGGAGACCGCUGCUUCCACGACAUGGUUCGUUUCAAGAAUUCCGAUCUCAAAAUCGUGGGCUAUGUUACUGAGACAAUUAUAA